UGAAGAAGCAUUUUAGAGGGUCCCAAGAUGACGAACCUUCUGGAGACUUUCGUGACGAACACUCACGCUGAUUACACGUGGCCUUAUCCGAAACCACUGAUGGCAAAACCUGCACAGCCUCCUAUGAAUCCUUCUGCGGAUCUGCACAUACAGAGAUUCCACUCUGACGGUUGCAAAUGUACCGCUGAAGGUUUUCAAACUGAUACGAAUGGAUACAAGACUUUGGCUGAUAAAGAGCAAAAAUCCCGCGAGGGUGCCAUCGCGGAAAAUCGGAAAGUGGAUAAUUCAAAAAAUAGGAUUUUGCAGAACGUCUGCCACAUGGGUGACGAGGCAAUGAGAAGCGUCUACCAGAUUGAUUACGAGAAACGAGGAGUACUAUUCACGGAAUACAAACAGCUAAUGGCGGCCGUUGAUUCACCGGUUGGAGCUCCCAUUUGUUCGGUUAAUAAGGACCUUAAAAAUGGCUACAAAGACCCAACGAAAUUCAGACACAGUGCUGUGGAUAAGCCACACAUUCGACCGCCCAGGUGCAUCGAUAUGUCUGCGGUUCCAAAAACGUUCGAGCUGUGGGCGGCGCCAUUCACGGGUUACUCCGAAUAUAUGGACACGAUCAGUAAAAUGGGCUUGAGUAACAUGAAAAAUCGCCAACAGUAUUUACAGCCUUUACCAACGUCUAGGAAAUGAUUUGACUUUGCUACCGAUAAGACAAGCUAUCCAAGAAGUGGAGGAAGCGGAUUCGUUUUUUGCACGUAUCGUUUCUUCCGAAGCGUUCA